AUGGAUAUUUCAGUGUAUAACUUGCACCUAUCGUCUAUCUCUCUUCUCUUCUGUGCAAUCAAAGCUCUCCAAUUAGUGAACAUGGACGGGUACGGGUACGGGUCGGGUCAAAGGGGUGACAGAAGGCUGGAGAUUGUGAGCGGGAAGGGUUUUGGGUUUGGCAAUAGCAACCAGAUCUUCGCGACUCGGCCACACUCACCCAAUGUGGCAUCGAUUCCGCCUCGGCGGAGUCUGAGCAGUUCGUCAAAGCCCUGGGGGGGGUUGACUGAUCCUGAAAUGAAAAGAAAGAAACGGAUUGCCAAGUACAAGGUUUACACGGUGGAAGGUAAAGUCAAGGCUUCUUUGAGGAGAGGGAUCUGCUGGAUCAAGAACAAGUGCUCUAAGAUCAUACAUGGAUACUAGUUGGAAAUACCGGCGGCUCUGAUUCUUACACGUCAGAUGCACUUUCAUGUCUUGUGGUUCCUGAUGGAGAUGUGGCGGGCAGCAUUGUUGCUGGAAAUUGGUAAGCACUGGCAUCGAUUUUUUCUAAACCUUAAACGCUGGAUCUCUGGGUGUUUUUGGUGGGUCAAAUAUUUACGGGAUUCUUUAAGUUGGGAGAUUUUCAUAGAUAAUAGACUUGAUUGCUGUUUUCUUC